UGGGUGGUGGCGGCGCUGUCCGGGGUGCUGAUCUUCACCACCGUGGUGGACAUCGUGGGCAGCCUGCUGGUGGUCGUGUCCGUCUUCAAGAACCGCAAGCUCCGCAACUCGGGUAAUGCAUUUGUGGUGAGCCUGGCUUUAGCAGACCUGGUGGUGGCCUUGUAUCCAUACCCACUGGUGCUCUUUGCCAUCUUCCACAAUGGAUGGACCUUAGGUGAAAUGCACUGUAAAGUGAGUGGCUUUGUGAUGGGUCUAAGCGUAAUAGGGUCCAUCUUCAAUAUUACUGCAAUUGCAAUAAACCGAUAUUGCUACAUAUGUCAUAGCUUUGCUUAUGAUAAAGUGUAUAGCUGUUGGAACACAAUGCUAUACGUCUGCUUAAUUUGGUUAUUAACGAUCAUUGCAACUGUGCCAAACUUUUUUGUUGGCUCCUUAGAGUAUGAUCCACGCAUCUAUUCCUGCACAUUUGUUCAGACUGCUAGCUCCUACUACACCAUAGUGGUGGUUGUAAUUCAUUUCAUAGUACCCAUCAGUAUUGUGAGCUUCUGCUACCUUCGGAUUUGGAUCUUGGUGAUUCAUGUAAAACGAAGAGUCAAAUCAGAAACAAAGCCAGGACUGAAGCCCAGUGACUUCAGAAACUUUCUCACCAUGUUUGUGGUUUUUGUGAUCUUUGCCUUUUGUUGGGCACCACUGAACUUCAUUGGACUGGCUGUAGCCAUCAACCCUUUGGAAAUGGGACCAAAAAUUCCUGAGUGGUUGUUUAUCGUAAGCUACUUCAUGGCCUAUUUCAACAGUUGCCUUAAUGCAAUAAUAUAUGGACUUCUUAACCAGAAUUUUCGGAAAGAAUAUAAACAAAUUUUAAUGUCAUUGUGGAUGCCACGAAUUUUCUAUCAGGAAACAUCCAAAGGAGGAACAGACGGGCAGAGGAGCAAGCCUUCUCCUGCUUUGAACAACAAUGACCAAGUCAAAACGGAUACUUUGUAAAAUGUAUUACAGGGAAUGAAAAGACUGCCAAUGAUCAUUCCAAUAAUGUAGUUAUAGGGGUAUGGCCAUUUUUGCUUACUUUUCUGUGCUUUCCAUUUGAAUGGUAUACAGUGACUAGGAUCCUGUCUUGAUAAAGCACAUUGCUCUUACAAACUCAUUUAUACACAAUAUGCAUUUAAAAUCUGCUUUGAAUGAAGA